UUCAAUAUUAAUGUUUAGUGCUUUAGUCUGACAGAGGAAAAUACCAUAAGAAGAAACGAAAAUGGAAGCUUCCACAAUCCAUGAACGAUAAAGAGUCGUUAUGUAAGAAAUUGUAGCAUGUAAUCAAACUCAAUUUGAAAUAUGUCAUCUCCAGAAGUUGAACGAUUUGAGAUUUCUGAGAAUGACAUUGAAGAUAUAUACAAUCCAGGUCAAAGGCGAUUUAGACAAACAAAGAAUCAAGCGACAUAUGGUAUCUGGGCUGACAAGGAAAGUGAUGAGGAAGAAAGACCUGGGUUUGGGGGCCGCUCAAGAAGGAAAGACUACUCAAACCCAGUGAGCUUUGUGAGUGGUGGGUUCAAAGAGGAAGACAAACUACUCUUAGAUGACGAGAAUGACUCAGCUUCAGAUUCUGACGUUCCACCAAAAGCAAACACCAGUAAGCCAUUUCUGCAGGGUCACACACUUAAAAAGACGAAACAUGAAACUCCACAUUACUUGAAGGGUCAUCAUGAGGACAGAGAAUUUGGGAAAUGGGAAAAACAUACAAGAGGGAUAGGACAACUUUUGCUGCAAAAGAUGGGUUACAAGCCAGGAGAGGGCCUCGGUAGCAAAGGUCAAGGUAUAACAACGCCUGUUGAGGCUUACAAGCGCCGAGGCAAAGGAACUAUUGGUUUCCACGGAACAGAGAGAUCUGAUCGUUCACUAAAGGAUUUUCCAGUGGAGGACUCGGAGGAAGAUGAGGAAAAAGAGUUUCAGAAACAACUCCAACAAUGGAAGAGAAAACCAGAGACUAAAAGGCAAAAGCCCAAAUAUGUGUAUAAAACGGCAAAAGAAGUUAUUGACUCCGGGGUCGGAAGAAAAAGAAAAGUGCAGGACACUUCAACAGCAAAGGUUAAGGUCAUUGAUAUGACAGGAAGAGAAAAGCGUGUUUUGUCAGGUUAUCAUGCAAUAUCACACCGUCAUGACAAGCCAGAUGAAGAGGAAGUGAUUGUGACCGACACAAGAGAGAGAAAAGCGUUUGAUAUGCCAGAACUCCUCCACAAUUUAAACCUCCUGGUUGACAUGUCCGAGGAAGAUAUCAUUGAAAACGACAGGAGAUUGAAGUACGAGAGAGAUUUGAUUGUCAAUAUGCGGUAUGAAAAGGAAAGACUCGACACCAUCUGUAGAGAUGAAGAGCAGAAGAUGGACAAACUGAAGAAAGUUCUUGACAUUGUCCAGAGCUGUGAGGCUCGUACAACACCCGACUGUGAAAACCCGCUGACCCUGGAUGAAUGUGUGGAGGUGUUUAAGGAGCUCCAGAGGGAUUAUUACGAAGAGUACAAAAUGUAUGACAUGUCUGCUCUGGCCAUAGCACUCGUAUUUCCACUGAUGAAGAGAUUUUUCGAGAAGUGGCAGCCAUUUGAGGAUCCGUCGUUUGGCGUGAACACGAUGCACGAGUGGCGUCUGCUGCUGGACGACCAGAACUACCAGUUCACGAUGGAUCUCGACAACAUGGACACCUUCCAGCGACUCAUCUGGGAUGUCUGGCUCCCACCCGUCAGAGUGGCUAUUCUACAGUGGAAUGUGCGGAAUCCUGACCAGGUGAUCCGCCUGUUGGAGUUGUGGAAGAACGUGCUGCCGUCAUGGGUGAUGGAGAACAUCCUCAACCAGCUGGUGCUGCCCACGCUGCUCGGCGAUGUCGAGAUGUGGAACCCGCUCACCGACACCAUGCCCAUACACGCCUGGAUCCACCCCUGGUUACCUCUCAUGGCUGACAAGCUAUCUUCAUGCUAUGGACCGAUCAGACACAAGCUUGCAAAUGCCCUUGUUAACUGGCAUCCGUCUGAUGCCUCAGCGAAGAUCAUCCUGCAGCCCUGGGUGGGUGUUUGGAAACAGGGACACAUGGAUGCGUUUCUUGUCAGAAACAUCGUGCCAAAACUGGGUCUGUCCAUGCAGGAGAUGAUCAUCAACCCACACCAGCAGAUUCUUGAUCCCUGGCGUUGGUUCAUCUCGUGGCACGGCAUUGUUCCUAACCACCACAUGGUAUCGAUACUGGAGAAGACCUUCUUCCCCAAGUGGUUGCAGGUUCUGUGUGGUUGGCUUGGCAACAUGCCCAACUAUGAGGAGAUUACCAAGUGGUAUCUUGGAUGGAAGGCUCUGUUUCCUGAAGAUCUCUUGAUCGUUCCAGUUGUCAAAGAUCAGUUCAGUAAAGCUCUUGACAUCAUGAACCGAGCGGUGUCUGGCCACUUCCAGCCUGGAGCCAGAGAGAACAUAGCAUACUUCACCCACACCGAGCGGAGGCAGAUGGAGCUGCAGGGAACCAUCCCACCACCAUUACCGCCUCAACCCACCGAGAGUUUGGCUGGAAGGACGACUGGUGGAACUGCUGUAUCCAGCUUUAAGGAACUUGUUGAGAAGAAGGCAGAGGAGAACAAUAUUUUAUUCAUGCCAGUUCCUGGCAAAACGCAUGAAGCCAGACAAGUUCACAGAUUCGGAAAUGUCCAAGUGUAUAUUGAUCGCAGUGUUAUUUUCAUGUACAAUGGAAACCAGUGGGUGCCCGUUUCCUUGCAGAGACUGGUUGAAUGUGCCAAGAGUUGAGUUACAUACUAUACAAAACACUGGACUAUUCUUAAGGACAUAUAGAGCUGAAAUAUGCUAGAGAAGUAACAAGACGUAAGAUGGUUUAUGUGCAGUGAAUACAUCACAAGGAUUAUCAAGUCAAGUACAUCACGUCAAGUGUCUACUUCAUCAUCACACGAUCCUGUCUCAACAAAAAUCUUGUUGCCGAUUGUUGAACUGCUAUUCAAUACAUUUUGUGAUGCAAGACUGGAAAUGGUGACCUUGAAUUUUAAGUUUAUUAUUCAAACUUGUCAAGCAAGAAUUAAUUCCAUUCUUUAAUAAUCUUUUAAUUAAAAGUGUAAACCAUCAUGUAUAUAAAAGAUCCAAUGGAAUAAAAUCUUGGUGUUUUUUUCCUACA